AUGUUCUAUACAAUUAAGUUAGGUUUCUUAAAUAUAAAAUGGAUAUUAUCUAACCCAUAAAAUUUCAGUUAAAUAGUUAUGCUGACCUUAUUAGAUAUUAUAACUACAGCUAACGAUAAUCAAAGUUUUACUUUGUUUAUCCCAAAAUUAACUAUUCCCGUAAAUACUGACAUAUCUAUUAAGAUCGCCUACACUCUCAAAGUCUCUUAAAGCAACACCUUGUCUUUUACAACCAAAUAUUAAUAAAUGAAGCAAAUUAUUAUUAGCCCAUUUUAAAGUAAAUAACCUCCAAUAUAUAGGUAAAAAAGGCUAAUUUUAACAUAUUUUCUACAAUAAAAUUAUUUUUUUUCUUGUUAUUAUUUAAAAUAAAAUUUCAUUAAUUUAAUUAAUUCUAUUUUAUUUCAUUUUUAAAAAAUAUAUUUUUUUAGCAAAUCAAUAUAGCUAUUUUCAGAAAAUUAUUUCUCGAGUUAGAAAUAUAGACUCAGUAAAAUAAGAAAUAUUAUUUAAUAUUAUAUUAAAAAAAAUAAAAUAAAUAAAAAAAAGGUUUUGAAACAGGUUUCGAACCUGAUAGAAGAAAAAAAUAAAAAAUGUUUAAUCAAAGAUGCAAAUUAAAUAAUAUAUUAAUUAUUUUUUUUUAUAUUACAUUCUAUCCCACCCAAUAUCCAUAACUUAAAUUAAUAUCUUUAUAAAUUAAAUACAAAAAAAUAUUUUUUUUAGAAAAAUAAAAAAAUAAUAAGUAAAACAUAAUUUUAUCUUUUGUUAAAUUAUUAUUUUUAUUUUAUUAAUAUUAUUUAAUUCAAUAGGUAUAUGGACUUAAAUACAACCUUAUCUUAUACCUACUAGUACAAAUUUAGAUAUUUAGGUAAAAUUUAUUUUUAUUAUUCUAUUAACUAUUAAUUAUUUAAUAUUUUUUAGGUUUCUGUGUAAAUUAGUAGCGAUGCAUCUAUUAGUAGUACAAAUACUUUAUCUGUAGCUUACACGGUACCAUAAAUUUAGAUUCUGAUCUAAAAUGGAUCUGAUAUGCUUGUUAAUUAUAAAAACAAUCUUACUCUAAUUGGAUUGGCACGAGAUUAUGAAAUUCAAGAUCCUAACACUUCACAAGGAAUACAACUAAGUUGGCAUUGCAGAUCUUUGUAAGUAUAAAAUGGGGAUAACUAAUGUUACACAUAUAAAAAGGAAGUUUAUGUACCAUAAAAUACUUAGAAUAUUACAAUCGAUGGUGGUACUUUCAACCCUUAUUAAAUCCUCAGCUUCACUAUUUAAGGAUCUAAAGAUUCUAGAACUUCCUAGUAUAGCUCUUUAAUUAUUUUUGCAGAGACAGAUCUUCCUCCUCUCUUGGUUGUAUUUGAUGACCCUAGGUAAUUAUAACAGAUUAACAUAAACGAAGAUAUUCAUGCAACUCUUAUUUAUGGCUCAAAUGUACCUUCGGACAUUCUAACUUAUGCUGGAGCAAUUCUCUACAAUAAUUUAAAUUUGGGAUUAUUUUUCUGA